AUGUGAAUCUACUCGGCAUUUUGCGUAAGAUUUCCCUGGCGACUUCUACCCACUCCAUAAAACUGGUCUACUUCUCUGAGCGGGGGAAGCUAGCCCGGCCUGACAAAUAGGUACAACCUGAUACCUGAACACCACCACGCUCCUACUUUCCUACCCGUCACUACUGACUGGCGUAAGCUAGGUCUCCCUGAAUAGCAGCUCCCCAACAAACAAACAGAAACAACCAUCAAAAUGGCUCCACCCGCCGAUAGAGAUCCGCUGAACGGACGUGGAGGGGGGAGAAAUCCGAUCUUCGAAGACGUUGUCCAGAAAGGUGGAGCGUGCUUUGCUGCUUUGGUAUUUCCUGUUCGGUGAUGAAAGAACUAACACGCAAACAAUUACUGAUGCUGUUAAUCUAUUGUGCGGCAAGUUGCCUAAGACUUUUCUGCCGAUUCCAUCUAAGCACUUGUAUUAUUUAAUACGAAAAGGAAAGCAACUACAGCUGCAGGAAGUCUAACUUCUAAGUCCUACUUCUAUCAUCCUACUUCAGCACUAUCUUCCCUGUCUAUCAUCACUAACAAAGAAAAAUAGAAGUACUACAUUUUAACACACGAGGACAACAACAUUACUACAACUUAACACACACUACACGCACACACUACAACACUAACAAACUACUAGGCUCUGUCUGGACUUAUUGGUGGCGUUUUUACCCUAUUCUGGCACGUUUGUCAUCCUAGUGGCCCACAGGGGGAUCCGUUGGCUAGGAUGACUCCCGAGGAAAUCGCUGCCGCGGCUGCACAAAGAAAUGCUUUUCUAUUAAGACAACAAGACCUUAAAAGAUGCACAUUGACAUACAGAAAUACAGUCGUCCUCUUCACAAGGUAAUCUGUAGUGUUUUUCCCUUAAGCAUGAAGUGUCUUCCUGAGACCACUGAGACUUGAUAAGUGGUCUCAGGAACAGAAUUGAAGUCAGAUGAUAUUGCUUUUUUUUUCUUUUUACUACGAGCGAUGAGAGUGUUGAGAGCGUCACGUCUACACACCUCGCGGCCUGCUACUCCUCUUCGAGAUGCAAUAAUGAGGCACUACGACUGACAACUUCUUUACCCACACUUUUUGUAGUCUAGUUGUACAAUCAUGAAGAUUACUUCAACAUGCUCCUGUACUAGGUAGGGCGGGUUUAGUGGUUGUUGUCUUCAUCCACAUCAAUUUGUAGUAGUAUCAUCUUCUAACCUUCGCGCCUCCACCUCCUGGAAAUAAGCCGGUAAAGGAAAGAUCCCAGGGAGAUCCAAACGCGAUGAAGCCUGGUGGUCCAGUACUUGGUGAUGCAAAGCAAGCGGCGCAUAUGAAAUGAUGCUGAGGAUCACUUCUCGAAGUAUACUAUAGCAAAAACAUGAACCUACACUACCGUAUAAUUAUAAGCGUCUUCAGAGGUCGAAUACAUAGCAGUCGAACAGCAGUAGUCACGACGUACUGAAUCAUGAAUCACAAUCUCAAAGAACUACAACACUUCUUGUUGCAUGAAGAAUCCUCGCGGUUUGGGUUUCUAUUCGAUUCCCUUCUUACAUAUCAAAAGUACUAUCUAGAACCACAACCCGUAUGCUCGCACCACACCGUAGUUGUAAAAGCGUACCAGUCUUCAUCACUGUCAUUCUAAGACCGAAGAACUCCCCUGGUUGUAGAUACCACUAUGGUUGAUGUAGAUCCUUCCCUCAAUCUGAAAAUACUGCAGGAUAUGUAAGAAGUACUACCAAGUUGAACUACGUCACCAACAUGUGCAUCCACAUAUACUGGAAUUGAUUACGUCCUCUGUCAUGGUACUAUGUAUACCCUUUAACCCCGAAAGUAAGGACACAGCCACCUCUUCAAGAUAUCGUGGCUCUAACAAGAACCCUAGCAAAUAUGCACACUCAGAUUUUUCCUGCACACUCAGAUUUUCCCACUGUUGACAACAGUGGGAAGUCAAUCAAACGAGACAUAACAAACAGCCGAUGAAGAUCGACGUUCUUACGCAGUUUGAACAACUUACACGAGUG